AUGGCGGGCGAUAAGAGGCUAUUAGUCCUUCUGGAUACUACACUGGGGCUUUCAGCACAGUUUAUCUCGUCUCUCUCAUUAUCCGCUGCCUCAACCGCCGGCGCAACACCCCGCAGCGCGGAAGAGACAGACAGCCAAAAGAACCUGCCGCUCCCUCUACUCUCGGCGGCUGCUCAAACGCUCAAGUCGCAUACGGGGAAGAUCUCUCUCUUUGCCAUUAAUACCCCCUUCACGCCAUCUGCCAUCACAUCAGUACUUUCGCAAAUCAACGACUCUGCACUCCCUUCUCUCGUCACUGCCGCUUUUCUCCUCCAUCCGAACCAUUAUACCAAAACCUUCCAUGCGGAGAUCAACUCACUGGUUAAAUCCGCCCUGCGAGAAUACGUUACAUUGAUCGACUGUAUCAAGAGAAUCGCGGUAGGGGAUGGGAAAAAGUUGAGGGAAGAGACUAAAGAAGCCGUUACAACUGCUGCGGGGAGAGUUUGGAAAGUAUGCGAUCAGCUCGUGGCCGCUUCUACAGAUGGGGUUGUCGGGAUGGUCAUUCAGAAAGCCAAUGAGUUCCUGGAGCUUGUGCGUGACGGGAUCAAGGAGUUGGAGGAUUGGGAUCCUGAGGAAUCUGAUGAUGAUGAUGAUUGGGGCUUAGGGGACGACUUUGCUGACGAAGCAAAGGAUGAAGGUGAGGAUGAGGAUCGCGAUGAAUUGAUUGCUAUGCUGUCUGAAGAAAAGAAGGAACUUCUUCGGCUGCUUACACCGAUUUCUAAGCUUUAUACGGCCAUAACCUCCCAGAGAUUAAAACCGCUGAAGCAGGAAUCUACUCUUCCGCAAUAUGCUUCUGACCUUGAUGAUCUGGUGGACCAUCUCAAACAGAUACCGGACCUGGUCGACGAGGCUGCGGGUUCUCUGUAUGAACACGAUACCAAAGCCGUUGCCUCGUAUACGAACAAAUUAAAAAGCUGCUCUAUUUCUACUGUUGAGAUUGUUAGAAAACCAUGGCGGUCUGGCAACGAGGAGGCGUCCAGGGCUGAGGGGGAAGAUGGGGAUAAAUUCUCGAAAUGGGCAACGGUUUGGUUGAAAGUGCUCAACGAGUUGGGGAGGCCUAGCACAGGGAAGGCUUAA